AUGUGUCUUUCUCUGUUGAUAUGUUUGAAGGCAAAUACAAAGCCGAGGCUUGAGGGUCAUUGGAAGGAAGUAAAGCUUGACAGUGAGUACAAAGGUCCAAAUCUCGACAAAGCAGUUGACCAAGUCUUUGCGACUGCUCUGUUUGAAUAUUACAAAUGCGGGGAUGGCAAAGUGUCUUUACCAAAAAGGUACGUUCUUCGCAUAUUAGAAGACGUGAAAAGGCACUUUAUGACUACAAGCCAGCUCGUGAAUAUCACGAUCGAAACGGAUGAGAAGGUUAUUGUGGUUGGAGAUACACAUGGGCAAUUUUUUGAUGUGUGUAAUAUCUUUGAUACACUGGGAAUGCCAUCACAAAAGAACCAUUUUCUGUUUAAUGGAGAUUACGUGGAUAGAGGGCCUUUUGGUGUUGAGAUAUGUUUGGUUCUCUUCUCUUUUAUACUUUCAGAUCCAACACACCUUUACGCAUCAAGAGGAAACCACGAGACUUAUUACGCCAAUAAGAGAUACGGAUUUUAUGACGAAGUCAUACAGAAGUACGACAGAGAGACGUACGACUUUUUUAAUGACGUAUUCUCUUCUAUGCCCGUUGCACAUAUCAUUAACAACACCGUGUUUGUGGUUCAUGGUGGUAUUUCAACAACAAUUAAAAAUAUUGCAAAGAUCAACGAAAUACCAAAGGGGCUCGAACCACAAAAGGGGACUUUUUACAUGGAAUAUCUGUGGAACGACCCAAUGGAACAAAACGGAGUCAAACCAAGUGAGAGAGGAAUUGGUUUCUAUUUUGGACCAGACGCAGUCAUCGACUUCUUGGAGGAGAAUAACUUGCAGUUGGUCAUCCGAAGUCACGAAGUUAAGUCUAACGGGUAUGAAUGGCUCAAUAAUGAAAGUGGAUGUCUGACUAUUUUUUCCGCUCCUAAUAGCGAAAGUGAUGGUAAUCUUGGCGCAGUCGUGGAGCUUCAAUUUGAUGAGAACAAAGAUGUGACUUGUGAAAUAAAACAGUUUAGACAAGUUAAUGGCCCAAUUUUAAAAAUUGAGAAAGCCCCAGAAGAAGAUAAAGGAAAAGUGUUUCUCUUUUGUUACGCGCCGAUUAUUCUUGUGACAACGUCAGCUCUUGCCAUUUUACUCAGUUGUCUUUAG